UUCUCCCGUUGCCUAGAUACAACACAACAGACCUGUUGCUAGAGUCGCCGCAGGAAAACGCUGAUUGGCUGUUGAAGUUCGAUGGGGUUUGCUGAUUGGUUUUCAGAGGGGAGGCUGGGUCAGUUAGCAAAAAAAAAAAAAAAAAAAAAGAUAACCAACUUUCUCUCCCUGAGCUCGUAAGUGUUCUCCGUUUAACUGUAAACUGAAUAUGUUUUAAUAACUAUUAUCUAGUGUUAUGCUAGAACCCACAGAAAUAAUCUUAGAUAAAAAAUGACGUCGUCGGUUAAGUGCGGCCGUGGAAGAGGCUUUACUAAAGAUGGAUCAGCAGAAGAGGGCAACAUCCAGCCUCCAGAUUUCAGAAAAGUCCCUGUCUUAGGGAGAGCCGACUGGCUCAGAAUUACAGAUGAAACAAUUGGUGUCGAUAAAGACCGCGAGCGCCUGAGAGAGGCAGCUAAACAAAGAGAGGCUCUGCACCUCCACUCUCAAGAGGUGGUGACAAAGUGGUCCAACACGGUUGCUGGUCAACGGAAAAAGAAGUUGGAGGCAAAAAAGGUGCGAGAGCAGAUAGAGGAGGAAAAAAGAAAACAGAUGGAUUUAGAGGAAGCCAACUAUAGGGAAGAAAAGAGGAAAGAGGCUGUUCAAAAGGCAGAGCUUCAGCUUUAUCAUCAAACUGACAGGGUCAAAGGAUUACACAGAGCUCUGCUGCUCACAGAGGUGCUAAAGGAGAGAGAGGCUCAAAUGGAACUGAAACAACAAACAAAAAGUGCCACUGAAAGGUGGGAAAAAGAGAUUCUGGAGAAGAUCAUGACCAGAGAGGAUGAGGCCAUGAAGCAGCAGGAGGAGAAGACACUGAAAAAGAGGCGUGAAAGGAUGGCUUUUGCUGAAGACCUGAAAAACCAAAUGAAGGAAAAUGAGUUGAUUCGAGAGCAACAAGAGCAGAAGGAAAAGCAGAAGGACCAAGAGGAAAUCCAGCGUCUUUUUGAACUUCAGCAGAGGGAGCAAAGAACUGCUGCAGAACAACAGGCGAUGCACAAAAGAAACAUCAAGCAAGCUUACAUGGAGGAUCUCCAACAAAGGGAGCAUCUGAGGAAAAUAGAAGCACAAAAGCAGGAGAUUGAGGAGGAGCAACGAAAACUUUUUCUCUCUGCCAAACAAAAAAUGACAAAGUUACGCAAAGAGAAAGAUAGAGAAAUAAUACGUGAGACUCAGCAGCACAGAGAAGGGAUUUUGGACAAAGUGGUGGUCACACAGCAGGAACGAAUGCUCCAUGAGGAGCAGAGGACUGCUAAAGCUGCAGAAGAGAUGGACGCAAGACGAGGACAACUUCAACAAGAGGAGGAGCAGAAGAAAGCUGCGAUGUUGAAGUCGAUCACCGAGCACAGAGAAUUCAUAAGUAGAGAAAAUGAGAUGAGAAAGAGAAUCUCUGAGCAGGAUUCCCUGGAGGAACACAUGAAAAAGAUGGAAGCUGACAGACUAUUUGCUGAAAUGAAGCAACAGGAGACAAAAAAAAUAAGAGAAGAAAAUGAGAAAUUGAAGCAAUUCCUCAUCGCGCAAAUGGCUGCAAGUCAAAGCAGGCAUCAGCAUGUGAUGACAGAAGAGCGCAAGUUUGCUGAGAAAAAUGUGCAACUCACGGCAGAGGAGGAAAAGCGUUUUCAGGAGUAUUCACAGCAGGUUAUUGACGCAGCAGCAGAGGCUAAGAAAAUGCUUUUUCCACUUUACAAGGCUGCAAGGAAAGGAAACCCACCUGAGGACGGUCCCGCUUCCAGAGGAGUCCAGCCCACCUGCCUGGUUCAGGAUGUGUCUGGGGCGGUGAUGCCCAGAAUCGUCACUCGUAAAACAGAAAAAAUCAAGAAGCUACAUGAGGCUGCAGACAUCAAUCAAGCAAAGAGGAGACUUGGAUUUACGUGGCCUUAGAUAAAACCUUUUUGACUGAGUAGUGGGGUUAUUUUUUCCCUUGGAUUGGUGUGUGUGAAUCAACUCCUGAGGAAAUGCUAGUAGCAUUGAGGUUACGUCAUUUUUCUGCUGUCGUUUCAUCCAUCCUUAUUAUACUAACCCCAGAGAUGUUUGCCAUUUGUUCUAGCUCUAAACUCAUUAGUGGAAAGUGAUCAGGGCACUGACACUAUAAAAUAUCACAUUUUAGUUCAUCUGAAGCUUCUUCUGUUUUCAGUCGACUCCAAAACAUAGAUGUGUCAAGUUAGUUUAAAAAAAUAAAAAUGAGAUUAUUUCA